AUGGGCGACGGCGACUACAAGGACGAGUGGGACGAGCUCGAGAAGAAGCUCGACGCGCCGUCCGCGGACGCGCCCGCGGACGACGAGGACCCUAAGAAGCCCGGGGAGAAGCGCGACCGGCGCGACCGCGACAGGGACGUCCGACGCGACCGCGGGGACCGGUCUGACCGCGAUCGAGGUGAUCGAGGUCGCGGCGGACGAGACCGAGACCGAUCGCGAGAUCGCGGCGGCGGUGCGCGGGACCGAGACCGCGACAGGGGCCGCGAUCGUCGCCACUCGCGACGGUCGCGCUCGCGGAGCCGCUCCAAGGGCGGGAGCAAGCUCACGGACGAGGAGCGCGAGGCGGAGAAGAAGCGACGCAGGGAGGAGAGGGAAUCGGAGCAGCAGAAGCGCGAGCUCGAGAAGCUCGACCGCGACACGCGGACGGUGUUCGCGUACAACCUGAGCACGAAGGCGGACGAGCGCGAGAUUUACAAGUUCUUCAGCGCGGCCGGGAUCGUGAGCGACGUGCGGAUCAUCUACGACCGGAACACGCCGCGAUCGAAGGGCAUGGCGUACGUCGAGUUCAAAGACAAGGCGUCGAUCGAAAACGCGCUCAGCCUGACGGGUCAGACGCUGCGGAACCAGGUCGUGAUGGUGAAGUCGUCCGAGGCGGAGAAAAACAUCGCGUGGGAGGCGGAGCAGGCGACGAAGCGCGAGGAGCAGAAGCUCGCGACGACCGUGGACCCGGCGAUAAACCCAAACCUAAACCCCACCGCGGGCCCGUGCAAACUCCGCGUCGAGGGCGUCCACCCGAACGUUCGAGAGGAGGACCUCAAGGCGGUGUUCGAGCCGUUCGGGGAGACGGACUUCAUAACCAUCGACAAGGACCAGAGCGGCGGCGCGCACGUGCAGUACAAGCUCACGCAGCAGGCGAUGCUCGCGGUGUCGCAGUUGAACGGUCUAGAGCUCGUGGGGAAGACGUUGAAGGUGUUCGUAGCGCCCGUCGUCGUAAAUCCGGCGACGGCGGCGGCCAUCGCGUACACGCAAGCGAACGCGGUGUCGCUCUCGGAGGACGCGGAGGGCGUGCGGAUGGACUCGCGAGGACGCGCGGCGCUGAUGGCGAGGCUCGCCGGGACGUCCGACGGCGGCGACUUCGCCGGCGUGGACGCGUCCGGGCGCGUCAUCACCGCGCAGGAGGCGGCGAAGCUGGCGACGCCGCAGAUGCCCGCGGCGGCGUUGCCGACGGCGCAGGGCGUGCUCGGGCCCGGGUCGCCGAUCCCGACGCAGACGCUGCUGCUGAAGAACUUGUUCGACCCGAAAGAGGAGACGGAGCCUGAGUGGUGGAACGACAUCGCGGAGGACGUGAAGGACGAGUGCGGGAAACACGGCGCGGUGGCGCACUGCCACGUGGACAAGGACAGCGAGGGGUUCGUGUACCUCAAGUUCGCGGAGGUCAAGGGCGCGGAGAGGGCGCAGGCGGCGCUGCACUCCAGGUGGUUCGCGGGGAGGAUGAUCGCCGCGGAGUAUCAGUUCACCGCGGUGUACAACAAGCACUUCGGGUUGUGA